GCCCGUUGCUUGGAAACUAUAAACACAGUAGGAGCAUCUGGUGCUUAAACAGAGCUGCAAACCCUGUCUUGCACUGCGGAGAUGUGCUUUCGUGAAAAUUGAAAUACAACAUUCUGGAAGGAUGUCCACAUUUUCAUCAGGACCCCCACAGCGUUCGAGCAGAAAUGAAGAGAAUUUUACAAAGCAGCCUGGGAAAGAAAUUGCACUUCCUAUGGCUGGGAUUGACAGCAGUGCGCUAAAAACCAGGCUCAUCUCUAUUGCGCCAAGUCAGAUCCUUCAGAAUCCACAGGCUUUGAAGUUUCCACACAACACCAGGUCACAGGACAGGAGAAGAGCAGGACAGCAGCCCAUUAAGUUGGAGCCUUUGCCUGUGCUGAAAACAUACCAAGACCAAAAACAACCUGAGUACAUUCACAAGAAAAACAGGGAGUGGUUAAUGAACUCUGGGUGGCAACCAUCUUUUGGCGCAGAAGCUAAACCUCAGCCAACAUCUACAGAGAAAUUAACGCCAUUAGUUCAUUUGCCUGACAUUCGGGAUGAUUUAAAAAUGCAGCUGACCCAGAGUAGGACAUGCUCUCCCAUUCCACCAAAAAAGCCAAGGGUCUCCAUGGGCACAUCUGCUACCCGCUCCAAACCCAGCUCCCCAUCUCCCUUAGUGUUCAAGUCAGCAGAGGAGGUCAUCAGAGCUAAGGUUCAGAACCCCAUGGACAUUGUCCGAAUCAUUCGGAAUAACCCCUCUCUGGGGUUCCUGUAUAUGACUUCAGCGGUUCCUAAAUCUUCAAUCAAAUAUGAUACAUACAAUCUGAAGAUCGUCAGUUAUGAAAACAUCAACAAAAAUGACUACUACACCAUCAGCCAGCAAGGAGUCACUCACAUUGUGAAUGGGGAAGUGGAUUUCCUGGCUUUGGACCGCUGGGAAAAGGAGUACAUGUUACACAGGCAGCUUUUGCAGAUUCCUGCAUUUGUGCUGUUUCGCAAGUGGAAAGCCUUCAAAGUGUGGAGGACAAAUGUGCGAUCCAAGAAAAUCAAUGAAUGUAAAAGAGCCCUUCAAGAGCACCUUUUCAUUGUUAAUGAGUCUUUGCGGCCUGCACUGAUCAAUAUCCGUGAAAUGUGUUACCGCAUCAGUGACAUGGGAUUGUGCCACAUUGAGAAGGACAACACUUACACACUGGAAGACUUCAGAACAGCCCAGUUUAAUCAGCUAGAGGAGGUUGCUGCCUGUCUGCGAGAGUUCAGGGAACUGGUGAAAGAAGUAGCUCGGAGUGCAUGCCGCACAGCUUUGCUUGAAGCUGGAUAUACUCCUGAUUAUUCCUUCAAUGCAGGAGAAGGACAAGAAAUAGAAGAUGCUGGCUUUAUACCGCAGUCUCAGGCUGAUCUGGAGAUGAUGUAUGAGGAGUCACCAGAGAAGAUGACCUACACUGAACAGGCUAAUAAAAGAUCCCAUUGCAAAAGGCUAACCUGCUUCAUCAGGCUUGCUGAUUACCUCAUUGUCAACACAAUGCACAUCUUGGCAGUGAAUUCUGUCACAACUCUGCUGAACUACCUGAAAAAACAAAUUCAACAGACCCCCUCUUCAGAAGUCAUUGACAGCUGGGUUAUUCUACCACAAGAGAAAGUGGAAGAUGCAGAUAAAAAGGUGAAUCAGGUAGAUCAGGACAGUGAAGGGACUAUCAAACCAAUGUUUGUUUCUGAACUCAUACUGGAGACACAGGCCUUGUUCUUUGAACCGUCAGUCGAUGACUUUCAGAACUGUGUUUCCGAAAUAAUUAAUCAGUUUCAAGAAACAGUUUUGUCACUUGAUAAUCUUGUACCCGACUCUUACUUUGAUGCUUUUACUCAACCAAUGAUAAACAACAAAGUUGAAGAGAAGACAUGUGGAGAUGGGCCUAGCCUGGAAACAAUGUUUGAAGAUGACAAGCACCUACAGACCAUAAUCCAAGAUAUAAAGGAAGCCAUCCAGUUUGCAUUUGAUGCUGCUAAGGUAUAUGCUGAAACUUUUGAGCGUUUCCGUCUGUUCUACAAAGUAAAUGAAAGCCUUGACCUGGAGGCACUGAAACAACAAGAUCAUGGUGUGUCUUUCUUUGCGGAGCAUUUGGAGAAAUAUCACAGAGAACAUCAAGACGCGCUGGCUAUAAAGCAGGAGAGACAUCUGGGUCUGCUUGUGAUUGACUCAACAAAGCUCAAGGGCAAACUCAUUCCAUCUCCUCUCCGUUGCCUGGAGGCUAUAAAUGACAUGCUUCCACUUCUUGCUAAGAAGAAGAUGGAUACAAUUAUUGCAGAGGCUCAAGAUGCUCAGUUCAGAUUGGAAUUUGUCCCCACUGCUACUACAGAUUAUGUUGACAGCCUGACUUUCCUAGAUGAGAUACAGGAUCGGAUUGAAUCCCUUGAUGAAGAAGCUGAAAUUGUUGUACAAAUGUACAAGCUCAUCGAUCAGUAUAGUGUUCCCACACCUCCUGAGGAUUUUGCUGUGUUUGCAACUCUGAAGCCCUCCAUCACUGCUGUCCAGAAUGUUAUAGACAAGGCAGCAGGUGAGAGGGAUGCCAAUGUUGACAAAUUCUGUCAACAUCUUGACAAAGACAUCUUGGAGCUGAACAAGGAAGUAAAGAAACUAAAGGAACAAGCUCAGAAUCCCCAGAUACUGGACAUUUCUGCUGAAAGAUCAAAGGUCAAACAGGUACUAGACGAAAUGCAAACCACCAUUGAUGAACUGCAGAAGCAAGCAUUCCAGUACAAGUCAUACCAGAAAAAUUUCAAGGUGGAAGUAACCAAAUAUGAUGCUUUGGAAGAGCUCAGCGCUGAGCUGAAGCUGAAGCAGCUGCUUUGGGAUUCUCUUGAGGAGUGGGAUGCCCUUCAGGAUGGAUGGCUGGCGUGUAAGUUUGAUGCACUGGAUCCCGAACAAUUAAGCUCUCAAGUCACAAAGUACGCAAAGUUUGUCAACCAGUUAGAAAAGGGUCUACCCCCGAACAGCGUGGUUCCCAUACUUAAAGGAAAAGUUGAAGGGAUGCGAGAAAAGCUGCCAGUGAUCAGUGAUUUGAGAAACCCUUGUCUGAAGCAAAGACACUGGGAUACAAUUGAGCAGAUCGUUGAUGCUAAACUGGUAGAUGAGCCACUUUCUCUGGCCAGACUACUGGAGCUGAAUGCUUUUGAGUUUGUUGAAGAAAUUCAGGAGGUAUCAGGCCAAGCUUCAGGAGAAGCCUCCCUUGAAUCCAUUCUGAAAAAGGUUGAAGAUUCAUGGAAAACUACAGAGUUUGUUGUGCUUUCCCAUCGGGAAUCUAAAGAUGUCUUCAUACUUGGUGGCACAGAUGAUAUUCAGGUUCUCCUUGAUGACAGUACAAUAAAUGUAGCCACUAUUGCCUCUUCUCGAUAUGUGGGCCCAAUCAAGACUCGAGUGGACGACUGGCAACGACAGCUUGGAUUGUUCAGUCAGACACUGGAAGAAUGGCUAACGUGCCAGAGAAACUGGUUAUAUUUAGAAAGCAUCUUUAGUGCUCCAGACAUCCAGCGACAGCUUCCCGCAGAAGCCAAAAUGUUUCUUCAAGUGGACAAAUCCUGGAAGGAGAUCAUGAGAAAAGUUAAUCGUCUUCCCAAUGCCCUUCGAUCAGCCACUCAGCCAGGCCUCUUGGAAAUUUUCCAGAACAACAAUAUUUUACUAGAUCAAAUUCAGAAGUGCCUUGAAGCUUACCUGGAAUCAAAGAGAGUUGUGUUUCCAAGAUUUUACUUUCUUUCCAAUGAUGAGCUGCUGGAGAUCCUGGCUCAGACACGUAACCCCCAGGCUGUUCAGCCUCAUCUGCGGAAGUGCUUUGAUGCCAUUUCUAAGCUGGAGUUUGCACUACUCCCCCACACUGAGGGGAAGAUGACACCUGCUGGAGAGGGUGAACACGAGAAAGUCUUCAGCAACGACAUCCUAGCCAUGCUGUCUCCCGAAGGAGAAAGGGUGAGUUUAGGAAAAGGACUAAAAGCAAGAGGGAAUGUUGAAGACUGGCUUGGAAAAGUAGAGGAGGCCAUGUUCUCCUCUUUGAGACGCUUAAGCAAGGCAGCGAUUGCAGAUUACCAGAACCGACCAAGAGUUGAGUGGGUUGUUGCUGGGCAUCCAUCUCAGGUCGUUCUGACAAUAUCCCAACUAAUGUGGUGCCGGGACCUGACUAAUUGUUUAGAAGGCGAUGACCAUAAUCACUUUGAAGCAUUAACCGAGUUUGAAAAUGUGAACUUUGAGAGAUUGAAUGCCUUAGCUGGACUAGUUCGUGGCUAUCUUCCAAAGCUUCAUCGGAAUAUAAUAACAGCGCUUAUUACAAUUGACGUGCAUGCAAGGGACAUUGUCACUGACCUUGUCAAAGAAAAGGUUGAUUCAAGUUCUAACUUUGAAUGGCAAAGGCAGCUGCGAUACUACUGGGAUCUUGACAUUGACAACUGUGUGGCGAGGAUGGACCGCUGCUACCUUUGCUUGAUGGGAGCUCUGCAGCUUGAUUUGGGAGGAGCUCCAGCUGGACCUGCUGGUACUGGCAAGACAGAGACCACUAAAGACCUGGCCAAGGCACUGGCAAUCCAGUGUGUGGUUUUCAACUGCUCUGAUGGCCUGGACUAUAAGGUUAUUCUUUACUCCGAAGGUUUUGAAUCAAGUAAAACUCUGGCCAGAAAGAUGACUCAAAUGUACAAACUGUGCAGUGAACAGCUCUCACAGCAGGAUCAUUAUGACUUUGGGAUGCGGGCUGUUAAGUCAGUGCUGGUCAUGGCAGGGUCCCUAAAACGAGAGAACCCUCAUCUCAGUGAAGAUGUUGUAUUAAUCAGAGCUCUGCGAGACUCUAAUCUUCCCAAAUUCCUGACAGAUGAUGCUAUGCUUUUCAGCGGGAUCCUUUCAGACCUCUUUCCGGGCGUAACUAUUCCAGAUCACGAUUAUGGCAUUCUGCAGUCAACCAUCGUGGAUAUGAUGCUGAAACGCGGCUUGCAACCUGUGCCUACCAUGAUCCUCAAAGUCAUCCAGCUGUACGAGACAAUGAUUGUGCGCCAUGGCGUUAUGCUUGUGGGGCCGACGGGAGGCGGCAAAACCACUGUGUACACAAUCCUUGCAGACACCCUAGGGACUCUGUAUAAAUUAGGGAAUAGCAAUCCCUAUUACCAGCUUGUUAAGACAUAUGUGCUGAACCCCAAAUCGGUCACAAUGGGAGAGCUCUAUGGAGAGGUGAACACUUUGACCCUGGAGUGGAGGGAUGGCCUGAUGGCUCUCAGUGUCCGAGCUGCUGUCAAUGACACUACGGAAGAUCACAAGUGGAUCGUUAGCGACGGGCCUGUAGAUGCCCUGUGGAUUGAGAAUAUGAACACCGUCCUAGAUGAUAACAAGAUGUUGUGCCUAGCAAACAGUGAAAGAAUCAAGCUAACACCAUCCAUUCACAUGGUGUUUGAAGUCCAGGAUCUAAAGGUUGCAUCCCCAGCAACUGUUAGCCGUUGUGGAAUGGUUUACAUUGACUCUGAGGAACUGAAAUGGAUGCCAUAUGUUCAGACAUGGAUUACUGGGCUCUCCCAAAGAUUGUCGGAAGAGAAGAGGCAGUACCUGUUGGAUCUUUUUAGUCGCUACGUUGAGAAAGGAUUGCAGUUUGUGGCUAAGAAGUGCACUCAAGCCAUGGUGCAAGUGGACAUCAGUAAAGUCACAACACUCUGCUGUCUGCUGGAAUCUCUUCUACUUGGCCAGGGAGGACCUGAUCUGAAUAUGGACCUGACUAAAUUAGGCCCUGUCCUCUGCCAGACAUUUCUUUUCUGCUACCUGUGGUCAGUAGGUGGGAAUCUAACUGACAAUCACUGGGAUGCCUUUGAUACUUUUAUAAAGCAGCAGUUUGAGGAUAACACUGAUGCAAAGGUAUUGUUUCCAAUGAACAUUACAAAGACUAUGUUUAAUGCUGUUUUAUACGAUCCGGGACUUUAUUCAGAACACUUUUAUUUUUUUGAGAUGCUUGUUCCAACAACUGAUACUGUUCGAUAUGGCUACCUUAUGGAAAAGUUACUUGCUGUCAGGCAGUCUGUACUUUUCACUGGCACAACAGGAGUUGGGAAGUCUGUUGUUGCCCGAGGAUUACUGAACAGCAUUCAAGACAAGGCUGGUUAUGUUCCUGUUUACAUCAACUUCUCAGCACAGACGUCUUCUGCUAGGACACAGGAAAUUAUUGAGUCAAAGUUAGAAAAAAAAAGAAAGAAUAUACUGGGGGCUCCUGGAAACAAGAAGGUGAUUGUAUUUGUCGAUGACCUCAACAUGCCUAAACUUGAUCACUACGGUUCUCAACCUCCCAUUGAGCUACUCCGACAGUACCAGGACUUCCAUGGCUUCUAUGACAGAGAAAAAUUCUUCUGGAAGGAAAUUCAAGAUAUGACCAUUGCAGCUGCCUGUGCGCCUCCUGGAGGAGGUCGCAAUCCGGUCACCCCUCGAUUCAUCAGACAUUUCAGCAUGCUCUGCCUGCCUACGCCCUCCGAGCACAGCCUCAAACAAAUCUUCAAGGCCAUCCUAAAUGGGUUUUUAAUGGAGUUUCCUCAAGCAGUUAAACAAACUGCGACGAGUAUUGUGGAAGCUGCAGUUGAAAUCUACAGAAGAAUGAGCAUUGAUCUCCUUCCUACACCUGCCAAAUCACAUUAUGUGUUCAAUCUGCGGGAUUUAUCAAAAUGCAUGCAAGGAAUCCUUCAGUGUGAGCCAGGAACUGUGCGGGACCAGAAUCAGAUCUUCAGGUUGUUUUGUCAUGAGUGUCAAAGGGUAUUCCAUGACCGUCUUAUCAACAAUGAAGAUAAAAGCUAUUUCAACAUUAUACUUACACGGGUGCAUAGCAAAUACUUUGGAUUCCAGAUUGACCCCAGCUAUUUUGUUACAAAGCCAAUCAUUUUUGGGGAUUUUAUGAAGGCUGGGACAGAUAAGGCUGACCGCAUCUAUGAAGAUUUGACUGAUACAGAUAAGAUAAGAUCAGUUCUGCAGGACUAUCUUGAUGACUAUAACGUGACUAAUGCCAAAGAAACUAAACUUGUAUUUUUCCAAGAUGCCAUAGAACAUGUUUCAAGGAUUGCCCGGAUGAUCCGGCAGGAAAGAGGAAACGCUCUCCUGGUUGGCGUCGGAGGGACAGGGAAGCAGUCCCUCACGAGGCUGGCUGCCCACAUGUGUGGGUACAAGUGCUUCCAGAUUGAACUGAGUCGUGGUUACAACUACGAUAGCUUCCACGAUGACCUGCGGAAACUCUACAAGAUGGCAGGAGUGGAGGGCAAGGACAUGGUAUUCCUCUUCACUGACACACAGAUUGUUGUAGAGGAGUUCUUGGAAGAUAUUAAUAACAUGCUGAACUCAGGAGAAGUGCCUAAUCUCUUUGAGAAGGAUGAACUGGAACACGUUCUGGCAGCGACUCGGCCCAAAGCCAAAGAAGCUGGAAUACCAGAGGGAAACAGAGAUGAGGUUUUCCAGUAUUUCAUAUCCCGUGUCCGAGAAAAGCUCCAUAUUGUCCUGUGUAUGAGCCCUGUAGGAGAUGCGUUCAGGGCACGCUGCCGAAUGUUCCCAUCACUGGUGAACUGCUGCACUAUUGACUGGUUUGUUCAGUGGCCCCGGGAGGCCCUCCUGUCUGUCUCACAGACUUUCUUUAAGAACAUUGACCUUGGAAGCGAUCAGUUGAAGGACAGGUUUUCGGAAAUGUGUGUUGAAAUCCAUGUCAGUGUUACUGAAAUGGCAGACCAGUACUUUGCAGAGCUUCGCCGGAGGUACUACACAACUCCCACUUCUUAUCUGGAAUUGAUCAACCUGUACCUGUCGAUGCUAGGGGAGAAAAGAAAACAACUGGUUUCGGCUCGUGAUCGUGUAAAAAAUGGCCUAACCAAGCUUCUAGAAACAAAUGAAUUAGUUGACAAAAUGAAAGUGGACCUUUCGGCUUUGGAGCCAAUCUUAAAGCAAAAGUCCAUCGAUGUCAAUGCUUUAAUGGAAAAACUGACAGUGGACCAGGAAAAAGCCGAUCAGGUGCGACGUAUUGUGAAGGAAGAUGAAGCCAUGGCGAAGGUGAAGGCCGAGGACACACAGGCCAUUGCUGAUGAUGCCCAGAGGGAUCUAGAUGAAGCUCUGCCAGCCCUGGAAAAUGCCAACAAAGCCUUAGAUGCCCUGGACAAAGCUGAUAUCUCCGAAAUCCGGGUGUUCACCAAGCCUCCGGAUCUUGUUAUGACAGUGAUGGAAGCAAUAUGCAUUUUACUCAAUGCAAAGCCUGACUGGGCAAGUGCCAAGCAAGUCUUGGGAGAUUCCAAUUUCCUAAGGAGGCUUACAGACUAUGAUAAAGACAACAUCAAGCCACAGAUUUUACAGAAGCUCCAAAAAUAUAUAAACAACCCAGACUUUGUUCCUGAUAAAGUGGAGAAGGUGUCAAAGGCCUGCAAGUCAAUGUGCAUGUGGGUGAGGGCUAUGGACUUAUAUUCAAAGGUAGUCAAAGAAGUGGAGCCAAAAAGGCAGAAACUUGCUGGAGCACAGGCAGAACUGGAUGUGACAAUGGCAACUCUCCAUGAAAAGCAAGAGAAGCUGAAGAAAGUAGAAGAUCAGAUUAAAGUGCUGCAAGAUCAGUUUGAUUGCAGUAUUGCAGAAAAAGAGACCCUGGCUAAAACAAUGGCCCUGACAGAGGCACGGCUAAACCGAGCUGGAAAGCUCACAGCAGCAUUAGAAGACGAGCAGGUUCGCUGGCAGGAAAGCAUUACUCAGUUUGAAGAAGAAAUCUUUAAUGUGAUUGGAAAUGUCUUCAUCGCUGCUGCCUGUGUCGCAUAUUAUGGAGCUUUUACAUCUCAUUAUAGGCAGCUGCUCAUAGAUAGAUGGAUUACACGAUGCCAGGAGCUUGGCAUUCCAAUAAGCCCAAACUUCAGCCUUAUAAACAUAUUAGGUGAUCCCUAUGAAAUCCGCCAGUGGAAUACUGAUGGCCUGCCCAGAGAUACUGUUUCCACAGAGAAUGGAAUCCUAGUAACCCGUGGGCGUCGGUGGCCAUUGAUGAUUGAUCCACAAGACCAGGCAAACCGCUGGAUAAGAACCAAGGAAACAAAAAAUGGAUUGAAAGUUAUUAAGCUAACCGAUUCUGGUUUUCUGCGCACCUUGGAAAAUGCUAUUCGAUUAGGCAUGCCUGUCUUGCUGGAAGAGCUGAAAGAGACCUUAGAUCCUGCUUUGGAACCAAUUUUACUGAAGCAAACCUUUGUUACUGGAGGAAGAACACUCAUUCGACUUGGAGAUUCUGAUAUUGACUAUGAUAAAAACUUCAGAUUCUACAUGACCACGAAAAUGGCCAACCCUCAUUACCUUCCAGAGGUGUGUAUUAAAGUUACAAUUAUCAACUUCACUGUAACUAAAUCAGGGCUGGAGGAUCAGCUGCUGAGUGAUGUGGUGAGGCUGGAGAGACCAGAUCUGGAAGAGCAAAGAAACCAGCUCAUUGUCAGAAUAAAUGCAGAUAAGAAUCAGCUGAAGGCAAUUGAAGACAGAAUCCUAAAACUCCUAUUCACUUCCGAGGGUAACAUUCUGGACAACGAGGAGCUCAUUAAAACUCUGCAGGAGUCAAAGGUCACGUCAGCAGCGAUUAAGACUAGACUGGAUGAAGCAGAGGCCACAGAAGUGAAGAUCAACGCUGCUCGUGAAAAGUACCGACCUGUCGCCACCCGUGGCUCCGUCAUGUACUUUGUUAUUGCCAGUCUGUCUGAAAUUGACCCCAUGUAUCAGUUCUCCUUGAAAUACUUCAAACAGCUAUUUAACAUGACAAUAGAAACAUCUGAGAAAAGUAAUGAUCUAGGGGAGCGAUUGACAAUAUUACUGGAGCAGACUCUCCUCACCAUGUACACCAACAUUUCCCGAGGACUGUUUGAGCAACACAAACUCAUCUACAGCUUCAUGCUCUGCAUUGAGAUCAUGCGUCAGAAAGGAGAGAUCUCCGAUGCUGAAUGGAAUUUCUUCUUGAGAGGGUCUGCGGGGAUUGAUAAGGAGCACACAGACAAGCCUGAUGUUCCCUGGCUGACAGAUUUCCUCUGGGAAACCUGUUGUGACCUGGAGGAUAGGUUGCCAUGUUUCAAGGGAAUCAAAAAGGAAAUGGUUGGCACUCCAGUUUUCAUUAAACUAGGGCGUCUUGAAAUCUCUCUCAAUCCGGAGUCUUGGGAAGGCUACAUCUCUGAAUUGCCACCAUUCUCAGCAGAAAAGACAGAGGAAAAACAGACUGAUGCCAUCAGAGGUCACUGGGAUGAGAGACUGGGAUUGUUCCAAAAGCUCAUCCUUAUUAAAAGCUUUGUGGAGGAAAAGGUGGUGUUUGCUGUCACAGACUUUGUGAUAGAAAGCCUUGGAAAACAGUUUGUUGAGAAUCCUCCAGUAGACUUGGCCACUUUGUACAAUGAUAUGUCUCCUUCUACUCCGCUUGUAUUCAUCUUGAGUACGGGCUCUGACCCCAUGGGAGCUUUCCAGAGAUUUGCCAAAGAGCGAGAUUAUUUGGACAGGGUACAAUCUAUAUCACUUGGGCAAGGCCAAGGUCCCAUUGCUGAGAAAAUGAUAAAGGAAGCCCUCAACACUGGCAAUUGGAUAUUUCUGCAGAACUGCCACCUUGCUGUGUCCUGGAUGCUGGCGAUGGAAGAACUGAUCAAAAGUUUCACAGAACCCAACACAACAAUUCAUGAAAACUUCAGGUUAUUUUUAAGCUCCAUGCCAACAAAAAUCUUUCCAGUGACUGUUCUGCAGAAUUCAGUCAAGGUAACCAAUGAGCCCCCAAAAGGACUGAGGGCAAACAUUCGAAGAGCCUUUACAGAAAUCUCAAACACAUUUUUUGAAGAACACAUUCUUGGAAGAAAGUGGAGGAAAAUCGUUUUUGGAAUCUGCUUUUUCCAUGCUAUAAUUCAGGAAAGGAAAAAGUUUGGGCCACUUGGCUGGAAUAUUCGCUAUGAGUUUAAUGACAGUGAUAGAGAGUGUGCUCUCCUCAACCUAAACCUCUAUUGCCAAGAAGGAGAGAUCCCCUGGGAUGCACUUAUCUACAUUACAGGUGAGAUCACCUAUGGUGGAAGAGUGACAGACUCCUGGGACCAGCGUUGCCUGCACACUAUCCUCAAGUGUUUCUUUUCCCCUCCCAUCCUGCUGGAAAGCUAUAAGUACUCUGCAUCAGGGAUAUAUUUCGCUCCUGAGGCAGACAGUUUGCAAGAUUACAAGGAGUACAUUGAAAAUCUCCCUUUGAUUGAUGAUCCAGAGAUUUUUGGAAUGCAUGAAAAUGCCAACUUGGCUUUUCAGCGUCAGGAGACUGUGACUCUUAUCAACACUAUCCUUGAAGUUCAGCCCAGGUCUUCUGCACAGGGGGCUGGAAAAAGCAACGAUGAAAUAGUCCAGGAGCUAGCAGACUCCAUAUUAUCUAAAAUCCCAGAAAAACUUGAAAUGGAAGAAGCUUCAGAGACCUUGUUUAGCAAAGACGCAUAUGGACGAGUCAAUUCAUUAACUACAGUACUGGGACAGGAAGUUGAUCGUUUUAACAACCUGUUGAAGCUGCUCAGGAACUCUUUAAACACACUAAAGAAAGCUAUCGCUGGAUUUGUGGUUAUGUCAGAGGAGAUGGAGAAAAUAUACAACAGUUUCCUCAACAACCAGGUCCCUGACCAUUGGGCCAAUGCUGCAUAUCCCUCUUUAAAGCCUUUAGGAAGCUGGGUGAAAGAUUUGGCCCUCCGUACUGCCUUCAUUGACAGCUGGAUUAGAAAGGGUCAGCCCAAGUCUUUUUGGAUUUCAGGAUUUUUCUUCCCUCAAGGUUUUCUGACAGGUGCUUUGCAAAACCAUGCUCGUACCUACAACCUUCCUAUUGAUGAGCUGAGCUUUCAUUAUAACAUCAUCCCUGCAUACCGUGAUCAAGCAGCUGUGACAGAAGCAAUGAAAACACUGCAGUUUGGCAGUGAGCUAGAAAUGGACAAAGAGCUGCCAUCCCCAGAGGAUGGCGUUUUGGUCCAUGGCAUGUUCAUGGAUGCCAGCCGCUGGGACGAUGACAAAAUGGUCAUUGAGGAUGCACUGCCACGACAGAUGAACCCCAUGCUACCCGUGGUUCAUUUUGAGCCCCGGCAAAACUAUGUGCCAGAUCCUUCCCUGUAUCAGGCACCACUCUACAAGACUGCAGCCAGAGCGGGAACGCUUUCAACCACAGGUCACUCUACAAACUUUGUUGUGACAGUGCUGUUGCCAUCAAUGCGGGAAAGCGAUUACUGGAUAUCCAAAGCAUCUGCUUUACUGUGCCAGUUAAAUGAAUGAAACUGAACAGAAAAAAGAACAUCUAUUAAAACACAGAUUAUAAGAAACAUGUUUUUUCCACUAUAAUCUCUGGAAUUGUAAGGAGGCAUGAAGGAUGUGCUCUGUGUUAAAUGUAAAGUAUGGGAAUUUUUUCUUCUAUUUCAUUCAAGAUCCACUGUGUCAUCGAGUGUACUGUAGGUUUAUUACAUAUGGCUGCUUUGUGUUCCCAUGCUGUGCAGAAACAGAUGCUCUUGGCCGAGAGGAAAAAAAUAACCUUUAAAGAGCUCAGGCUCGUUGUUUUGUGCAACUUUUUUUUUCAAAUUCUUUUUAAACAGUGCCCGUGAGAGAAAAACCUGUACCCAUAAAGUGUAUUAAUCUGGGAGAAAAUUACAUGACAUGAGAAAUAAAAAUGUAUAGAUUUUAAGCAAUCUAUGACUUCAUUAGGUUUAAUACUUAUUGAUUGAUACUAGCAUUUUGCUGGUGGAAGACCUUGGUAAUUAUUUAUUUUUUGCUCUGAUUUCAUUUUUUUUAUAAUGCACCAAUAAAACUCAGUAUAGUUAA